CAGUCUGGACCUCCCACUCCCGUCAGGAGCUGCUCUCACAAAGGCUGAGCUCUUUAUUACCGGGGCUAGAAGUUUAAGAUUUAUCUAGUACUUAAGUUUGAUUCAAUUUUGUUCUGGAUGGUGGAUCACACUGUCCCUGCGCGCACAAACAACUACCAUCAGAUUUUACCCACACAUCGCUGGAGAAACGUAACAGAAAAACGCUCUUGGUGGCAUUUUCUCGUCUUUAACAGAACGCAGCAGGUGUAAAACUCCCAACGCUGUAAUAAUUUUUAAUUCCAGGGCAAUUAUUGCUCCUGGCGACGCUGUGGACGUGUGGUGCCAAAAUGUUUCCGCAGUUUCCCUGGCAGCGCGCCUGUGCCUCGGUUUCCACGCCAGGACUAUGGACUGCUUGCCUGCCGCUGGCUUUACAACAUUUUACUGGAUUAUAACAGAGGAAAGAAAGCUGUAAAAUCCGCAUCAUUACCAAAGGUCACUUGUAUCUUGAUAAUCUACUUGUCAUCUUUUAAGAAAGGAAACGACAGCACGUGGGGAAACUUCUCUUAGAUACGCGCGUGAGCACAACACCAAACCAAGAAACGCACAGCGAUGCCGCGUCGGAUCAGCGUCCUGCUGCUGCUGCACCUGACUGUGCUGCUGUUGGGCUGGCCGGCCGGGGCAGGGCGGGUACGAAAGAAGGCCACCAGGACCCGGUCAUGCCUGGACCUGCCGGAAGAGAUCCUGGAGCAGAUGUUCGGGCGGCUCUCGGUCGGAGUGAUGAGCGCUUUCCAUCACGCCCUGCAGCUGGAGCCGCAGGACAAACGGAACCUUACCUGCCCAACCACUGCACGGUCGCCGACCGACGGCAAGACCCGCCUCCCAGUCAACCUGCUCAGCAUCUCCCCCUGGGCCUACAGGAUCACGUACGACCCGACCAGGUAUCCCCGCAACAUCCCAGAGGCUUACUGCCUGUGUAAAGGCUGCCUGAUUGGACCGUACGGCGAGGACAGUGACCAGUACCACAGCACUCCAGUCUAUGCUCCCUCCGUCAUCCUGAAGAGAACGGGCUCCUGCCUCGGUGGCCGACACUCAUACACCGAGAUCUACAUCUCUGUCGCUGUGGGAUGCACCUGUGUGCCGCUGUUGGAAAAAGAGCGGGACAUCCACAACAGCAACCAGAGCCUGGAGAGGGCAGAGCCCAAAGCUGGACUCCUGUCUGCAGGCAACAAAGUGAAGAAAGUGUGAAGGGAGCAGAGCAGUCACAAUCAAUAGAUUUCUACACCAGAUCCACAUUUGUCGGUUUCUCCUUUCUCCUAUAACUUUAUCCCCAAACUGAUACACAUUGAAUAUGUGGAUGAUAGAGGGUUUGAUUUACUGUCACUAAACCUGUUACUGUUUUUACAUCUGGCAAGAAAUGGGUGUUUUUAAAAUGUAGUCUACCUUUAUUCUGGGUUUGUCAUCUCUGCAUCUUUCUCUGCAGAAAGAUGCAGACAUGACAAGAUAGAACUUAACCAUUUUUGUUCAACAGCUGGUGUGAUCAUAACAUCAUUAAAGGGAGUGAGAAAAUAAACGUUUCCAUUUUAUUAUUAUUUA